UUUGAGUCUCCAGCUACUGUGGCCUUUUGUUAGAUACGUACACCUGGGCUUAAAGACAGUCUUUUCUUGGAGAGCACAGCAACAUCAAUCAAGCCAUUCUUUGGAUCGUUGUCUUUACUUUCUAUAUCGGAUCUUGGAUAAUUGGGCCACGUAAAUACUAGUAAGAUGGAUGAGUUGGAUGAGACUCAGCUGAAGAAUGAGGUGGACAGUCUGAAAUUUCAGCUACAGAUAACAAGAGAGAAAUGCUCUGUAACAAUCCCUGAGCUUGUUAAAUGGAUUGAAGAAAAAAUGGCUGAGGAUCCUUUUCUGAACGCUGAGAUAAUGAGGGACAACCCAUGGUUGGAGUCGGGGAAGUGUGUCCUGCUGUAGUAACAGCCAGCCACUGACCACAAGGACUACCGCAGUGGCUCCACUCUUUACAGAACACAUUUGCAUUUAUUUGCAUAAUCAACAUUGUAGGCAAAGUGUUUUAGUCAAUAUAUGACAUAGUUUAACACUUCUUUCUAUCAUGUGGUAUUUUUAUGCAUUAUGUUGCCACUGUACAUUUAAAAAAACUGCUCUGCUGUUUGUUUGUUACUUCAAUGCAUGUAAUUGAGUGAACUGUGUUGCUCCAAAGAAACAAAGUGACUUGUUAGCUUUACUUGAUAAAAACUUUUGCUCAAUGCUACCUUAUAGAGUAAAACUCAACAUCCUUCCCACUG